AUGUACAUUCCUGCAACUCCGGAAACUGCGCCGGGACCGCCUCGGAACGUGCGAGCGUCUUACGAUUACGAAGUCGAUACCGUGAGGCUCACCUGGGAUCUCCCGGAAAGUCCGGGUCCGUCGAAAAUCCAGAGUUUCGUCGUUGAAAGAUGCGCGAGCGAAGACGGGGAAUUCAAAGAAAUCGGCUGUGUGGACCCUGAGCUCCUCUGGUUUUGUGAUGGCGACAUCUCCGGAGACGUUGAAUAUCUGUACCGUAUCCUCUCUUUGAGCGAGAAUGAAAGCAGCGAGCCCUCGGCGGCUGUCAAAGUAUUCACCGAGUGUCUCGUGGAUCUGCCGGAUUCUCCAGAAGGUCCGCUCCACAUCACUUGCACCACGAGUCGUUCCUGCUCGCUGUCGUGGAGGCAACCGAUAUCGGGUCCCGUACAGGGUUAUUCCAUAUGGAAACGACGGCAGGACCUCGAGACCUGGACCCGAGUUAUGACAGUCGAUGGCGAUAUCCAGGAAUGUACGGUCGGCAACCUGGAUAAUCACUUCCGGUAUAGUUUCAAGGUGCACUCAGAGAAUCGGGCAGGGAGCUCACUUGUUGCGCUCAAGGCGCCGAGCCUGGUCCAUCUGAAGACCGGUACUCGCAAACCGAACGCGCCUCGAGGUCCUCUCGUCCCGACCGUGACCGGGCCUUCCUCAAUGUAUAUCGAGUGGGGUCCGUGCGAAAACGACGGCGGAGCUCCUCUGAGAGGUUACACGAUAUGGAUCAAAGAAGUUCCCCGCAAAAUAUGGGUUGAGAUAGGGAACGUGGAACCUGACGUCUGCAUAUUUACUGUGAGGGAUCUACUGGAAGGCCACGAGUAUUCGGUGAAAGUGGCGGCUUUCAAUGAACUCGGGGUUGGACCUCCUUUGGUCUUAGAGAUCCCGAUUGCCAUCAUUAGACCGGAAGGAGUUGUAGUUCCUCCGAGCGCACCGAUCGGUCCGAUUGUCGUGAAGAAUAUCUCCCCAACAUCGAUGAUGGUUUCCUGGAAAGCUCCAUGCGACGACGGCGGGGGACCCGUUGAAGCCUACAUCAUCGAGCAGAGGGAAAUUCUCGAAGCUGACAUCGUCAAGAGUCAUCACGAAACAGACGGUCCUGAAACAUAUUAUAUCGCGGAAGAUCUCACGCAAAACCACUACUACUGCUUCCGGAUUUACGCCGUCAACGAGGCGGGCGUGGGAGAGGCUCUCGUCGGGAAGAUUCCAACUCGAGCGAGAGCGGCCUCAGUCAGGCCGCCUCAGCCCGAUGCACCGCUUGUUGAGCUCCAUGAUCACAAACCACGAACAGUGAGGGUCUCGUGGGACCCGGUCGAGGGCGAUAUCGAAUGCUAUCUCGUCGAGCGGUCUCAAUUAGAUGAAGAAGAGUGGCAGCUCGUCAGUCCCCAGAGGAACUUCCGCGAGACCAGCCUCCUCUGCUCCGGACUCUUCCCCGGGAUCGAGUACGUCUUCAGAGUCAGCGCCGAAAACGAUCAUGGAUUGGGGAAGGCUUCGCAGAUUUCCGAGCCUAUAGCUGUGACAGCCGGUAAUAUCCGAGAGCCCCGAUUCUGCAAGGAUUUGAAGGACAUGACGGCACUAGCCGGUGAUCUGAUCCAGUUCGAUGUUGAAUUCUGCGGAGAACCAGAGCCGGAGAUCAUCUGGAUGCACGAUGGAGCCCCCGUUCAAUCUGAAGGACGCUUCGAGGUGUUGAGCGUCGAAGGAGCGUCCUCGCUCCGCAUCAGCCCUGUCAUGAUGGAAGACGAGGCUGGAGUGGCCUGUGAAGCGAACAAUCCCGCCGGCAAGAGCAGGACCGACGCGAAACUCUCCGUGCAUGCGCGGCCUGAGAUUCUGCCUGUGGCCCGAUAUUCGCACGGUCUGUGUUUCGACGCUGGAGAGUCGCUGAGAAUCAAGCUACCGUACGUGGGGAGUCCGAAGCCGAGAGCGGAGUGGCUGCUGAACGGCAAGCCUCUCGAUUUGAGUUCCGAGGGCGUCAGUGUAUCUUUCGAUUGUGGGAACGCAGUUUUGGAAAUUGAUGAAAUCACGACAAGUUCGCAAGGAACUUAUACGCUGAAAAUCGACAACCAAUACGGAACGGCAACACUCGAUAUCGCAGUCUCCGUGACAGGUGAACCGGAGCGCCCUUCGGGACUCUAUCUGACAGACAUCAAGGAGGAUAAUUGUGUUUUGCAUUGGGUGCCGCCGGAGAAUGAUGGAGGGAGUCCGAUAACAAAUUACGUCGUCGAGAAACUACAGGAGGGCGAGGUUAUUUGGACUCGAUGUGGGACCUCUCAGAAAGCGGAAUACCGAGUUUUCGAUCUUGAGGAGGGCGGCAUCGUGGUCUUCAGAGUCUCUGCUGUCAAUAUAUUCGGGCAGAGUGAACCGAGUGACACCACUCUUCCAACCAAGAUGUCGCCCGAGGUGGAAUAUCAAGGCAAUCGUCCAGGAAAAAUAUCCGCUCCGUCCUCAUCCGUCUCGGCCGUCGGUGUCCAUCAGGAUUCGGUAUUCCAGGACAUUUCAGCUCAGCAAGAAAGACCCUGUCCCGAGAUUCGUCCCGAGUUUUGGGCAACGCCAGACCUCAUUUCCCUGGACAGUUGCGUUCCAGAAACCCUCUUGGGCGGAUCUCAGCCCCACAGAGAUUGGGAAGAAGCCACAGCUGUUACUGACGACACUUUGGACUCGGUUUCGGAGCUGUCUUCGUUCCAAGCAGAAUACACCGACUACUACUCCGGAUCUCCGCACGGUACCGUGGCGUCGUCGAAUGACACGGUGCUCGACAUGGAAAUGUCGGAGCUGAUGAACUUGGUAUCCCACGACUACUCCGGCUCGGAUAACGGCAGAACGGUCGUGCAGCGAGCGCCUCCCCAAGUGUCUCACGUUGGCUCUAUGGUGACACCUUCAGAGCGCAGCAAGGCUGUGUCGCCCACUGACAGCCUACCUCUGAUGACAGUGAUUGAAGCUUCGAGGUAUCGAAGCGACCAUUCGAACGGUUCAGAUGGCGAGCUGACGGUUCGGCCAGCCAGGCCGCCCCCGCCAGCUUACGCAGACGCCAUAGCGGAAAUUCAUCAAGCAGAAGAGUGCCUCGAAGAUUUGAAUGUCACACCCGAAUCGGCGAACCUGUGCACGGAGCCCGUAUACCUCCAUUCAGCUAAAUCGAAGCCGCUCGUCGUGGUAGACGGGGUGCCUCUGAUACAGGUUGAGCGCAAAGCAUCUCUCCUAGAGGACAUCCAUGAAGCCGAUGAGAACUUAGAACCUGCGUCAGAAGCGAGUGACAGACUUCUGGUUUCACUCAGCAAGGCCGAGAGUGCGACCGACAGCUGCCUCCAAAUCUUGGAAAAGAGUCCUCGAGCCGAGUCGAACUGCAGCUCAAUUUCGGAUAUAGCUUCGCUGGAAGAUUCUAUCGAAAGAGAGUACAAUUACAAGGAACAGAAAAUGGAAUCCCUCGAAGCAGGUCUGGAAUUCGAGAUGGCGAGUCUCGAGAGAGACCUCUCAUUGCUCAAAGUUCUCCAAGGCGCUGAAGACGAGGAUCUCAGCGGCUCGAAGCGAACCGAUCUGGUCAGAGAGAUCGGACGCCACGGCGAGUUGUUCCGACCUCUACACAGAGAACCGCCUAGGCCUCGAAAGCGAUACCCGAAGUACUCUGUGGAACGACGUCACUUUGAGAGACUUAUGACUCCUCCAAAUCGUCGAAAGUUCUACGCAGAACGCACUGGAAGCAUUUUCAAAAUACCCUCUUCGAGCGGCAGCGAUGAAGACGAAGUCUCGAGUGAGGAGAGCUUCCACGAAACUCCAGUCAAGGGCUGUGCACCGAAAGUGAUCAGUCAUUUGCGAAACAGGCAUAUCCAGGCGGGAUGUCGCAUCAAACUCAGCUGUUCCAUAGACGGUGAUCCUUGUCCUGAAAUCUUCUGGUUCCGUAACGGCAGGCCGCUUGCGCUCAAAAACCGUCACUUCGUCGUAAGCAUGCUCGAUUUCAAUCUUUGUACCUUGGAGAUAUACAGCGUGCGAUCCACUGAUACGGGCGAGUAUUCCCUCGUGGCGAAAAAUCCGUUCGGAGAGUGCUCAACGUCGGCAUAUUUGAGAGUGACGGGUAGCAGAGAAGAAAGCCCGGAGAAACCGCGCAUUCGCCGAGAGAAAGAAGCAGUGCUGGCAACGAAAGACGGUAAAACUGAUUUGAAUUGGAAUGUCCGCGGAUGGCCUCUCCCAUCAGUUCAAGUGUAUCAUGAGCUCGAUCGGAUUCGCACAGAUCUCUGGAAAGAUCUUACUUUGGGACCCCGAGGAGAGUGUAGGCUCAAAUUCCACAAAGUUUCUCCGAGUGACGAAGGUGUCUACACAUGCUUGGCGUCAAACAAGUACGGACGCGCGGCGACGACCAUCGUUCUGGCGGUCGGGGGCGAUUCUUCGACUUUAGCAGCCGCAAUGGAUCCAAUGGCGGAUAUCUCAUACUCAACCAGAAAUCGUGAUCGGAACCUUCCUUUGGGUUUUUACGAUCCGGACGUCACGGGGUCAAAUUUUCCGGAAUAUGUUGAAGACAUUUUCGAGAGGCCCGUCUGUUGGUUCCGCACUCACCACGUACCCUUCCUCCGGAAUUUACAGAAAGGGGUCAAAGAACUGCCCGAGUUACGAAAGUUACCCUGGCCCCCACUGAACCCGAAGUUCACGGAAGUCGACAGGAAUUCAGUCACCUUGUGCUGGGAAAAACCCAUGAAUGACGGAGGUUCAAAAAUUUAUGACUUCAAAGUCGAAGCACGAGAGAUUCACACCCGGAAUUGGCGGGAGAAAGCCACUUCACGCUCAUCAAUAACCACAGUUUACGGACUCAAGCCUGGGACGACCUACGUUUUCCGCGUUGCUGCACGCAAUAAGUACGGAGAGGGUCAGGCCCAGGUUUCGGAGCCCGUGACGACAAGGGCGUGAAGAUCAGGGAAUGCUACUCUCGUCAAUCUCAAUCUCAUCUCCCUGAUCAGCUCUCAGGCUGAGCCUCUGCCGGCUAAGUUCUGAUCGGUACCGAGCAGAUUUCUUCCUGCUGCGCAGUCUCACCUCGUUCAUCUGUAUCUACAGCGAUCUCUAGACCGGGGGGGAGGAAAGUUUCGUCGAAAAAAAAUGCUCCUGACGAGCGAGAGGGAAAUUCUGAGAGCCUUGUCGGACGUGACUCAUCGGCAGCUUUCGGCCGCGUUUCUGUAUAGUAUAUCCUUGAUACUCGACCAUUCAUUCUUCUCUGUUGAGUAAUGGUUCGCUUUUGAGCAAUUCUUGAACAAGAGCGCUGGCCGCGGUCUCGAACCGCAACGAGGCAGCGCUCCGAAUAAAGUUAUU